UCCGUUAGGACUCUGUGAAGACUUCUCCCAGUUUUCUAUGAUGGCUCGGAAAUGGGUAAUGUCCAUCUGCUUGCAGAAACUUUAGGGAGCUGUGACAGCUGUUCUGGAAUAACACUGGGAGAAAUCAGACGUUAUUUAGAGGAAACGACGGAGGUGUAAUGCUGGAUUGUAACAACUCAUAGCUGAGCUGUUACCCUUUAUUGAUGUGACCAAACGAGCUCGAGUGAGUCCCAUUCCAGCGGUUCUGUUGGAGGAUGGCCACUGCCGCAGAGGACCCCCACCUGGGCUCAGGUCCAGAUGAUGACAACACAUCAGGACGAGACUCAGACUCUGAAAGCAUCCUCUCCGAUGACUCUGUGCUGCCUGACUACACACAGGGGGCAGCAAACAGCAGGGCAGCUAACACCGUGUAUGAGGCGUGCGCCUGCAAUGACUCCGCCGCUCUGCAGAAAGUUCUGGAGAGAGGGGUGACAAAGGAGGAGGUGAUGGAGCUGGACAUCAAUGGAUGGAAUGGCCUGAUGGUGGCUUGUUGCAAGGGUUUUCUUGACAUUGUGCACGGGCUCCACAGCUGUCCCUUUAUGGACAUAAAUCACCAGGACAAUGAAGGCAACACAGCACUAAUGAUUGCAUCACAAGGAGGUCAUAUAUUCACAGUGAUGUAUCUCCUAAACUACUACUCUGGUGUAGACACAGAAAUUAGGGACUGCAGAGGGUUCACAGCCCUCAUCAAAGCUGCUAUGACCGGCCGCUGUGAUGUCGUAGCUGCGCUUGUUAUGGCUGGGGCUGAUAUAAAUGCAGUAGACUCUUUCCGGGGAAAGUGUUCUCGGGACUGGGCUCUGAAAACAGGUCGCUAUGAGACCUUUCAUCGUCUCCGCUGCCUCACGAUGAGGCCAAAAGCCGAGCAGUUCUGUGAAAGCUACGUCCCAGAGUGGCCCGAGCUCACAGGGAGAGUGGCAAGAGCAACAUCUCAGAAGAGUUCUGCAGAAAAGAUCACACUGCGGAUCAAAAACAAAUUUGGAUUCAACUUUCCACGGGACCCCCAGGACAACGGGGUCAUGGACCACAUGGUGCGUAUGACCACCAGCAUCCACUGUCCUCUCAUUGCAACUGCGUCCCGUCCAUUGUGCCCCACGAGCCCACCAGAGGUGGGGAAGAGACGGCUUGCAGUGCCAGAGCUGGUGAAGAAACAUCCACAGAAGGAGCUAGAAGACAGCUCAGUGUGUCACAGCAACAGCUCAGUCUCGCAGAUCAUCCCCUCGAUCCACUCUGCAGAAACAGUGGCUUCAAUGUGCUGCCCUGACACCGAGAGGAGAGGCAGCAUCCUCUCAUUGGCCUCCAACAAGGUGGCCACAGCGUUCAUCCCUCGAAGCAUGGCCAGACGGAACAGCGUGUUCCCCUCCGGGUGUAUUCCUCAGAUUAGUGUGGUCAGGCCUUCAGACCCAACGCCGAAGAAAGAAAAAAAGAAGAAGAAAGACAAGCACUACCUGGAGCCACCUAAGUGGAAAUACAAGGAGCAAAAGGACGAGAAGAAGAAGGAGAAGAAAAAUGCUGAGAAAGACAAGGAAGGAAAAGGGAAUAAAAAGGAUAACAAGAGUGGGAAGACAAAAAAAUAAUAUUCCUGCUUUCACAAACAUUUUCUUCCAAAGUUCUUAUUCAUUUGAGCCAAGUAUGUAGGAAACAAAUAUAUAUCGAAAAACUCAUAGGCACUCUCCUUCAAAUAAUAAUAAUAAUAAUUCAGAAUACAAAUAGAAGAACGAUUCACGUUAAAACAAAUCUGAUUUUGGUCUUUUAAACCACGCUAUGCCAAUAAAGGUAUUCUAGUUUUUUGUUUUAUGAGGAGUGUGUCUUGGAGUUUGUGGACAUUCAAGUUCAUGCCUGUUCUAUCCAAAGAACAGCUUGUCUUUUUUUUUUAAAACACUGAAGCCCAGGAAGCACUCCUUCUACACAACCACCACAAAAAUACUUGUUUGAAACCUUUACAAUUUAGUAUCAGAACAUAAUGCACUUUUUUAAAUAGUCUAGCAAUAUUUGAACCUUUAUUGCAUCAGGUAUUACAGGUUCAGUGCCUACCUCAUUACCCAUUUAAUAAAACCAAGCGGCCACAGAUAAGGUGUUUGUGUUUAUAUAUAUAUAUGUGCAUGUGUGUGUGGUUAUUUACAACACAUGGUGUAAAUAUAGAAGCAUGAUUAUUGCAGGUUAUUAUUGAUGCUGUGUAAUACAAAUAUAGGGACUGCUUUGACUUUAAGGUAGGGUAAUGUUCAAAAAUAUACCUACAGCCUAAACUUUUUUUCAUUUGUCAAAAAAAACCACACAAACCUCAGGGGAUGUUACUUCAUAUGUGACGGAUCAACACAAAGUAGCCAAAAUCUAUGAAGCGGGAGAAAAAUCAUACAUAGUUUCCAAACAUUUGAGCAAAUAAAAACCUGAAAAGUGUGGCAUGCAUUUGUGUUUGGUUCCCUUUACUCUGACACCCUGAAAUAAAAUUCCGUGCAGCAAAGUUGCCUUCAGAAGUCACUGAAUUUUUAAUUAGAGUCACCCUGUGGUCAAUUUACUCUCUGUAUAAAUACAGCUGCUCUGCAAUGACCUCAGAGGUUUGUUAGAGAACAAACAGUGAACAAACAGCAGCAUUAAAAUCAUCAGGGGACUCAACAGACAGGUCAUGGAGAAAGCUGUGGAGAAGUUCAAGAAAGGGUUAGGUAAUAAAACAACAAGCGAAGCAACACACUAAGCGCUACUUAUGACAGAGAACCAACAGGAAGCUGGUCACAGUUGAUUGGUAGAUGGAUGAGUUAAACAUACAGAAUAGCUACAAUGGGAUGAAUGAAGCAUAAAAAUUCAGUAGUGCUGGAGACAUAGCCCAAAAGCCUUGCAGAGUAAUUGCAAAAAGAACGGUGAUUAUACAAAUCGUUCACUCUGGGGCUUGAAUAAAAAUACACAUUCAUAUUUGUAUUUAUUAAACAAUAGAAACUAAUAUGUACCCUUUUCCUUCCACUUUGUAAGUAUGAGCCACCGUGUGUUGCUCUAUCACAUAAAACCCCAAUAAAAACAUUGAAGUUUGUGGUUGUGACAAACGUGACAAAAUGUAGAAAGGUUCACAGGCUGUGAGUAUAUUUGCAAGCCGGUUUAUCCAAAUGGAUGGAACUUUAUUGUUUUGCAGCCUGUGUGAAUGAGAAAGUAUGAAACUAAGAGUACGUUUUAAUCCUCCAACCUUCUGCAGUUUUGUGAUAUUGCCAACACUGCUCCUCAUGACAUAAACUGCUUUUGUAAAGUUGCAAAGUCUAUAAGUGCACGGAUUCAUCUUGCAGGAAGUUUUAAAUAAAUUUAGUUGCGAAAGUUUCUGAUAUAUUUGUUAGUAUCUGAAGCUCUACUUUAUAUUGUAUGUAUAUAUAUAUAAAAUUAUAUAUAUAUAAUUAUAUAUAAUUUAUUGUGUAACAUGAAAUAAAAUAUCAUUGAAUCCACCAAAUGUUUAUAUCUCUGCAGUUUACAUACAUUCUAUUAAGCGUCCAGAACUUUCUUGUUCAUUAAAAAUUUAUGAAUAAUUAUUUCAUGAUCAUUAAUAAUGACAUUAAAAAUUAUUCAUUCAUG